GAGUUAGAUGUUAUUAUUAUUUUGAUUUCCAGAUGAAUACACAGAAGCACAGCAAAAGUGACUCCAACAAGCACCCUCUACUCUAGAAUACACGCUUUAGGGAACUGAGUCCUCUCUCUCUCUUGCUCUCUCUUUCGCUCUCAUCUGCCACUCCACCAGCUACUUUAAGCUUUGUGAAUGGGUGAUAGAAAAAUAGAGAAAAGAGAAAGAAGAAUAAGAAAUGAAGAGUGGAGGAAAGGAAGAAAGAAUGGAGAGGUUUUAUCCUACUUGGAAUAAAAUUCUUUCUAGUCGCUAUCCAUACCUGCUCAUCUAUCCAGACCUACAGAGUAGAAGGGAUCUUUGGGUUCACCUUACAGGGGAGAAAACAGGCUUCAGAAGGGUAUGACUUUCCCCCAACCAUUGAGAGAGCGGGAUCAAACUAACCACCAGAACUAUUUUCCUGACAGAAUGUUUGCCUUGUAUGUUUCAGGCCCACAUGGCUCCUUUCACCUUUCUUACACAGGUGACAUUCCCAGAACCUGGAGGCCAGGCUACAACACAGAGUCAAUCAAUAACUAGGGAGAUCUAUGAUAUAGCCCAGUAGGUGGGGCCUUGCUGUCGUCUGCCAUAUGACCCUUCCAGUCCCAGGCUUCUGAAGAGACGUGGUAAGUGCAGUGCAGUUUUCAACUGACCUCUGGACGCAGAAUUUCAGCCAUGCAAGUAACAGGCAUCUUUCUUCUCAGUGCCUUGGCCCUGUUGAGUCUACCUGGUAACACUGGAGCUGACUCCCUGGGAAGAGAGGCCAAAUGUUACAAUGAACUUACUGGAUGCACCAAGAUAUACGACCCUGUCUGUGGGACUGAUGGAAAAACUUAUCCCAAUGAAUGUGUGCUAUGUUUUGAAAAUCAGUGAGUACA